AUGACACAAAACCACGCAGUUUUCUCCCAGAGAGAAGCCGCUCGUACAGCAUCCAGCGCUUUCCACGCCGCAUACAACCUCUACAACUUCACCACCCGAGCGGCGUCCAAGGUCUCCGAAGCCGCCUCAGCCGGCACAGCAGCCCUGACCAGCGCGGUGCACAGCGUAACGUCCAGUUCGAGCUCUGUCAUUUCAGCGGAACAGGCCUCGCGAAUUCAGGACUACCGCUCGCUGCUCGGGGAGCCCGAGGAUGGCGGCGGAGGUGGUAUCGCCAACUUGUCAGACGCCCAGUCGCUUACCGACAGCAGUGAAGGACCGUCUGGGUUUGAAUCCUUUGAGGAGGUGGAUGUGUCGAAGCUUGAGUCGAAUCUGGAGGAGAAAAGGAGGUGGGAGGAGAUGCUUCGCAAGCGCCGAGAGGAUGAAGAGCUGAAUGAGUUGAUUGACCAGCUAGACGAAAUGUUUGAGCCGACGGUUUUGAAGGUGAUGGCUGCGUCUGGGGGAGGGGUCGCGGGAAGAAGGGGAGAAGGGUUGGGUAAGGUGGCGAUGGAGAUCAGUGUGGUCGGGGAUAUCCAAGUCGAUCAUGAUCAAAGACGGGGAAAGGACAAGGGGUAG